AUGAAGAUGGUUCGUCUCCGCAGCUCCGACGGCGAGGAGUUCGAGGUGGCGGAGGAGACCAUCGGCGCGGCGUCGGUGAUGAUCAAGGGCAUGCUAGAGGACGACGUCGCCGUCGUCGUGAUCCCGCUCCCCAACGUGACCGGCCCCAUCCUCUCCCGCAUCCUCGACUACGUCAACAGGCACUUCUCCGACCCCCACAACGUCACCUCGCACACCCCCGGCGCCGACGACCCCCUCAGGCGGUUCGACGACUCCUUCGUCCAGGUCGACCAGGACACCCUCUUCGACCUCAUGCUCGCUGCCAAUUACCUCGACAUGCAGAGCCUGCUCGACCUGACGUGCAAGACGGUGGCGGACCAGAUCAGGGGCAGGACCCUCGAGGAGAUCCGCAAGAAGUUCAACAUCCGCAACGACUACACCAAGGAUGAGGAGCAGGAGGUCCGCAGGGAGAACUCGUGGGCAUUCAAUUAG